AGGCGGGAAAGUAACGAGAGAACAAGAGAAAACACGCAAAAGACGCAAAAUAGUGGUUUUCCUUUCUCGAUUAGAGCGUGUCUUUUGCAGUUUAUCUUUUCAUUCUUUGUAUUUAAAGCUUUCUAUUUAAUAAUUCGCAACUAUGGCUCCCAACACAACAAGAGAUUUCGAAAAGGACAAGGAGACCUUGAAGAUUUUUCUCACCGAAUUCUCGAAAAUGGACGAUAAGACUGGAGACAAAAGGUUCAAAUAUCGAGAGCAGCUCACUAAUGUAGCGCACAGAGAGCAAGUCAGUUUUGUAAUUGAUCUCGAUGACCUUCAGGAGUUUGAUGAGGAUCUCGCUGCUUUUGUCGCUGGCAAUGCGAGAAGAUAUGUUAAUUUACUUCUCGAGCUCAUUCAAGAAAUUCUUCCCGACUUCAAAGAAAGGCCCGUUGUUGCAAAAGAUGCGCUAGACAUUUAUAUUGAACAUCGUUUACUGAUGGAAGCCCGAAACCAACAUCCUGGCGAGCAGAGAGACCCUAGGAAUAAAUACGCUCCAGAACUUAUGCGUCGCUUUGAAGUAUGCUUUAAAGAUUUCGACACAGCAAAAGCUUAUUCGGUUCGCGACAUAAAAGCUGAACAGAUUGGCAAGCUCGUAACAGUUCGAGGAAUUGUCACGAGAUCUACAGAAGUAAAACCCAUGAUUUGCGUUGCGACCUACACUUGCGAUCAGUGUGGUGCUGAAACCUAUCAACCAGUACAAUCUAUGACUUUCAUGCCUCUCAGUUCUUGUCCGAGUGAAGACUGCCGAUUAAACAAGUCUGGAGGAAGACUCUGCAUGCAGACGAAGGGUUCCAAGUUUAUAAAAUUCCAGGAAGUGAAGAUACAAGAACAAAGCGAUCAAGUUCCGGUUGGACACAUUCCUAGAUCGCUGACAAUUUAUUGCCGAGGCGAAACCACAAGACAGUGUCAACCAGGUGAUCACGUUGUAAUUACUGGAAUAUUCUUACCACUUCUGAAAACUGGUUUCGCGGCCAGAAAUGCUGCUGGUCUUCUCAGUGAGACUUUUCUGGAUGCCCAUAGGGUAGUUUGCUUGAGCAAUUCUUCGACAGUGGACGAUGGAGAUUCGGAAUUGAGUGAUGCAGAAUUGGUUGAGCUUAGGCAAUCAGAUUUUUACAGCAAGUUGGCCGGCUCUAUCGCUCCUGAAAUUUACGGUUUGGAAGAUGUGAAAAAAGCUUUACUGCUGCUUCUUGUUGGCGGAACCGAUAAGAAGAAGGGAGAUAUCAAAAUCCGAGGAAACAUCAACAUCUGUCUGAUGGGAGAUCCAGGAGUCGCGAAAUCACAGUUGCUCUCCUUCAUAACUAGACUGUCGCCGAGGUCGCAAUACACGACAGGUCGAGGUUCCUCCGGAGUCGGUCUGACGGCCGCUGUCAUGAAAGAUCCACUCACCGGCCAGAUGAUGUUGGAGGGUGGUGCUCUCGUCCUGGCAGAUCAGGGAGUCUGCUGCAUCGACGAGUUCGAUAAGAUGGCUGACGUUGACAGAACAGCGAUUCACGAAGUGAUGGAACAACAAACGAUUUCAAUCGCCAAGGCCGGUAUCAUGACUCGUCUCAAUGCGCGAGUUUCGAUUCUUGCUGCUGCUAAUCCAGCCUACGGUCGCUACAAUCCGAAAAGAACGAUCGAGCAGAAUAUCCAACUUCCUCCUGCACUCUUGUCACGUUUUGAUCUCCUCUGGCUCAUUCAGGACAGAGCUAAUCGCGACAACGAUCACAAAUUGGCCGAGCACAUCACCUAUGUCCAUCGUCAUUGUGCCCAACCUCCAACAGAAGUUGUAGCAAUGGACAUGAAUCUGAUGAGAAAGUAUAUUGCAAUGUGUAAAAAGAAUGAACCCACCGUGCCUGAAGAUUUAUCAGAUUUCAUCGUCGAGAGUUAUGUGGAAAUGCGGAGGGAUUCUCGCAACAGCCAGGACAAGACAUUUACGUCGGCUCGAAAUCUUCUCGCAAUUUUGCGAUUGGCGACAGCUUUGGCUCGUCUCAGAUUGUCCGAUAUUGUUGAAAAGGACGAUGUCAAAGAAGCCAACAGAUUGCUCGAAAUGUCGAAACACUCAAUCAACUUUUCGGAUCGCACGAUGAGAGAUGGUCCUAAUCAAACCAGCAAUAGAAUCUAUACAUUGAUCAGAGAGCUUGCAGGUGAUAAGAAAAGCGUCAAGGUUUCUGAUAUUUUGGAAAGGUGCACCAGUAAGGGAUUUAAACCGGAUCAAAUUAACGAUUUUAUCGAGGAGUAUGAGGAACUCAACGUCUGGCAAGUGAAUCAAGCGAGAACGCAGAUCACUUUCCUCUAAGAUUGAGCUUCAUUUUUAGUUUAAACUUUACAAAUCGGUAUUUUCCAAGUAUGUUGGUAAUAUUUUUAUUUGCGUCUGCUUCUUUUAUUUUAAGACAUUUCAUUUUUUCGGAGUUAUUAAACAUCUUAUUUUUUUAUUCUUCUGUGGAUGUGUGCAAGAAAUUCGACAGUUUUAUGAAUAUUGAAUGAAUCUUUUUUUUUGCACUGGACUGUUUGAGGUUUUUUGUAGGUAAAUACGAGCUAGAAAAUGAAGUUUACAAAAUGACGUUUGAUUUGAUGGGGUAAAAUGUUAAUGAACGCAUUCUUGUCGAAAUCAAGUACAAUUUUUAUUUUCCUUGUAACUAGACUUUGUCGUUACAUAAAUAAAUAUUUUGUACCUUUCUUA